AUGGGAGCCUCAACAGUUGCUGUAAAACCAACACAAGCUGCAGAAGUUGAAAUACAGGCUGCACUCUCCAAGAAGACACCACUACCACAUACAGAAAAGAAGAAAGUAGCCUCAGGAAGUACAGAAUCUAUGUCAUCUCCUGCUGAAGUGGUACCAAGUACUUCAAAACAGCAAGGUCGCAUAAAUUCUGCAGAAGGUCAUGACAGAAGGAGCGGUGGUGGCACCCGGCUGAAGGAGCGGCCGAUGCUGAUCGUGAGGGUCAGCGACGACGAACAGCUGCGCCGUAUCUACGAUUUCGGAGACGAACUCGGCCGCGGACGAUACGGGGUGGUCGUGCAGGCUCGCGCCCGCCUCACUCGCAUGUCCUGGGCCAUCAAGGUCAUCAACAAGAGCCAGGCCAAGUACCCUGGAAUGAAGUUGGUGGAUCGAGAAAUUAGAAUCUUGCGCCUCAUUACGCAUCCAAACAUUAUCCACUUGGAGAAGGUCUACGAAUCGCCAAAGGGCAUUAAUCCUAAAGUUGGAGGCAGCAGCUGA